CAUUGGCAGAUCUGUUGACAAGUGGAAGGAGGAUUUCGUUGAAUUUGUUUUAUUUUGGUCUGAUAGUGAGAGAUCUACAAAGCGAAAAAAAUGCAGUGUGUAGCGUGGGUAUUGAUCUCAACAGUCUACUUUGUGUCACAGGUAGCUGCACAGCCCUGUCCUUAUUCAGUUGUUUAUAAAAUUGCAAACACAACUGGCUUCAUACUUUCAUCGCCAUAUUAUCCAGGUUACACGAGUUCAUAUUUAAAGAAUGUUAACUGUAAAUGGGGGAUUCGGGCUCAGACUACAACCAAUGCACUUGCCAUGGAGUUUAUUGAUGCUAAUAUUGUAGAUAGUGAAAAUUGUUCUUCAGUUUUUGUAAAAGCAUACGACGGUAUUACUCCUUCCAGUCCUCAUUUGAAGACAGUCUGUGGAUCUGAGCUUCCGUCACGGAUACAAAGUAGUGGCCUUUACAUGUAUGUCAAUUUCAAAAUAAAUACUAACGACAGAGGCCAGGGAUUUAGGGCCAGAGUUUUCGAGAUAAUCAAACCUACAACUACUGCCAAACCUACAACUACUACCAAACCUACAACUACUACCAAACCUACAACUACUACUCAAUCCUCGAAUACGAAGUCAUCUUCUUCUGGUACUUCUGGAACAUCUUCUGGUACUGCAUCUGGAACUUCAGGUCUUACUGUUCUGAUGGAUGUGAAUUCCACUGGCCGCUUCUUUUCAUCGGAUUACUACCCUGGAUACCCGAAUACAACUACAAUAAAUUUAGAUAAUGCUUGGCAGUUUCAUGCAUUCGAUCCAGGGAGCGGAGUACUGUUGGAAUUCCAUCAAACGUCCAUUGAAUACUCUGAGACGUGUAACACCAGUGCUGUGCGAGUCUAUGAUGGCAGUGAUUGUCAUUCUCCUCUUCUGUUGAAAUCUUGUGGACCAAAUACGCCGUCGCCAAUUACCUCCACUGGCAGUCAUAUGUAUGUGGAAUUUAAUACUUUCACUGAGUUGCAGAACCAAGGAAUUCUAGCUAGAGCCAGAGCGUUUCGGUUACCUACUGCCACUACUGUUCCGACUGCGACUACGACUUCGUCAUCAACAAAUGGAGAUAAUAAUUACAUUAUAGGUCACAUUGUACUGUCCUUUGAAACCAUUACUAUCAUCAUUGGAGGAAUUGCUGUUUUUUUACUAUUGAUAAUGUGCAUGAUAGUCUGUUCUCACAAAUUGUCUAACAAAAAGCUUGCAGCCAGAGUAUCUCGUUUGGUCGCCGAUCAACGACAUUUUCAAGUUGCUCCAAUCCAUGAUGCAGCCAGCUAUCCUGUUCUCCCCGAUAAACCGGUUUCAAAAUCACCAAGAUCGCCCAGAAACGACGAUGCAUCUCCUGGAACUAGUUCCGGACGCAAUUCAAAACACGUUAAUGUAGACCACAGAACUGCAAAACCACAAGAACUUUCAUCUCCAAAUGCGGACAAAAGGCCUCCACGAAUGCCGGCUACCAAACGUGCAUUCCAAGGCCUAACAUGAUAGUUUCCACUUAAAUGAAAAAAAUAUAAAAUAAAAGAAUAUAUAUA